AUGACCAAGCGUAACUAUAGGCGAAACAAACCAGUUGCUUCCUCAAGCCGUCAAACGCCGACUACGGAACUUGUCUCUCUCUUCUGUCUCGUUGACGGCGAGUCUACAGAAAACGCGUUUGCACAGAACUCAUUCUCUGGGCCGUCUCCAUACCACAAUGGGAAAUGGCUCACCACAACUGAAUUCAAUUCAGGAGACAAAAAAAAGCUGCUUCCUGGAGAGGAGAUGCAAGAAGCAUUUCCUGAACCUCUGCCAAAAAAAUACGUCCAUGUUAUUGUGAAACCGCCUACCAUUAUCACUCCCUUUGAGGACCUCUCUCGAUUUUUCUAG